UCUCUUACACCUCUCUCUCUCCUCUCUCUCUCUCCUCUUCUUUCUUUUACAUAAUUUUUUUGGGUUUUAACGAACAGAGUGAGAGGGGAAAGGAAUAGUUUCAAGAAAAUUUUGCCCCCUUUUUUUUGUUGUUGUUUUCGAUUGUGUUCUUCAUAUCUUCUGUUUCUAUUUCACCACUGUUUUUGUUUAAAUUCUGAUUGAUUCUGCAUUUUGGGUAUUUAUAAUUCUUCUCUAACACCCAUCUGAUUCUGGGUAUAUAAUUCUUUUGUAUACCCAUCUGAUUCUGGGGUUUUGGCUGGAUUUUAUUGGGUUAAGUGAGGUGAAUUUCGGAUUUCUGGGUUGAAUUCUGUGGAAUUUCGGGAUUUGGAGUAGUGGGGUUUUGCCAAAAUGAUGUUAUCGCCAUCGCCUUCGACGAUAGCUCGGAGUUCACUCGAGGAAAUGCUCGAUUCGCUUCGACGAAGGGAUGAGGUUGAUAAGCCUAAAGACGCGCCCCCUGCAUUGCCGUCUCGACCCACUUCGAAGGCUCGGACUCCCCCGGUGGGACGGGCUUUACCUGUCAAUUUCAGGGUUAAUGUUGAUGGCUCCUCUGGCUGCUCUAUUAAUGGCUUUAAUGGAAGGGAAGAUGUAAUGAGAAAGGAGAAUCGUUUGGGUAACUUUGCAUUCAAGAGAUUGAAUAGAGAUCAAGAUGAGGAAUCGCCUUACAUGUUAGCUUCUGAAAAUGAAAAUGGAGAUCGAGUGAAUGGUUCGAAUCUUCGUGGGUCUUAUUGGGAGGACAAUAUCGGUUAUUUUCUUCAGAAGAAACUCCAUGUUUGGUGUCAACUUCCAAAUGGACAAUGGGAGUUAGGAACCAUACAGUCGAGCACUGGGGCGGAGGCAUCUGUCAUGCUUUCGAACAAAAAGGUUAUUAAAAUUUCGACCGUAGAUCUUUUACCUGCCAAUCCAGAUAUCAUCGAGGGGGUUGAUGAUCUUGUACAGCUUGGUUUUCUGAACGAGCCUUCGGUUCUUCACAGUCUCCAUCGAAGAUUUUCUCAGGAUAAGAUUUAUAGUAACGCAGGGUCGGUUUUGAUAGCAUUCAACCCCUUGAAAGACAUUAAACAGUAUGGAAAAGAAUUUAUUGAAGCCUACAGACAGAGAGUCAUAAACAACCCUCAUGUUUAUGCUACAACAGAUGCUGCUUAUUCUGGGAUGUUAAGAGAUGAAGUUAAUCAAUCCAUUAUCAUCAGCGGCGAAAGUGGAGCGGGAAAAACGGAGACAGCAAAAUCUGUGCUUGAAUACUUGACUUCUCUCGGUGGUGUCAGUGGCAUAGAUGACAGAAUUUCUCGAGCGAAUGUUAUACUCGAAGCAUUCGGGAAUGCAAAAACCUCCAGAAACAACAAUGCCAGCAGAUUUGGGAAGUUGAUUGAAAUUCUUUUUAGCCGAACAGGGAAGCUAUGUGGUGCUGUAAUCCAGACUUUUCUGUUGGAUAAGUCGAGAGUCAUUCGCCUGGUUAAUGGCGAAAGAUCAUUCCACAUCUUCUAUCAACUUUGUGCUGGACUACCAUCUAGACUUAAAGAGAAAUUUAAUAUCAGAGCGGCCAGUGAGUACAGUUACCUCAAUCACAGUGAAUGCCUGGUGAUUGGUGGUGUCGAUGAUGCACGGAAAUUUAACAUUCUUGUGGAAGCCUUAGACACACUUCAAUUCACAAAGGAAGAUCAAGAGCAUGCAUUUGGUUUGCUUGCUGCAGUUUUGUGGAUAGGGAACAUUACGUUUCAAAUAAUUGAUAGCGAAAAUCAUGUAGAGGUCAUAGCUAAUGAAGCGGUUGCAAAUGCUGCCAAGCUGAUGGGCUGCAGUUUUAAUGAGCUUAAGUUAGUUUUAUCAACCCACAAAGAGCAAUCUGGCAAGGAUAGCAUUGCUAAAAAAUCGACAUUACAACAGGCUACUGAUGCAAGAGAUGCAUUAGCAAAAUUUAUCUAUGCAAGCUUGUUUGACUGGCUUGUAGAACAGAUCAAUAAGUCGCUUCAACCAGGAAGGGAGUAUUCUGGAAGAUCCAUUAAUGUCCUUGACAUCUAUGGGUUCGAGUCAUUUAAGAAGAACGGCUUCGAACAAUUUUGUAUCAAUUAUGCAAAUGAGAGACUGCAGCAGCAUUUUAUUCGGCAUCUUUUCAAACUUCAGCAGGAGGACUAUGAAUUUAACGGGGUCGACGGUAUGAAAGUCAACUUUGAAGACAAUCAAGAGUGUUUGAACCUUAUUGAGAAGAAGCCUCUAGGAGUUCUCGCCUUGAUGGACGAAGAGUUAAGUUUUCCGAAGGCUACAGACCUGACAUUUGCUAAUAAACUUAAGCAGCACUUUAAAUCUCAUCCCCGCUUUAAAGGGGAAAGAGGUAGGGCUUUCGGCGUUCGACAUUACGUUGGAGAGGUUGUAUAUGAUACAAAUGGGUUUUUGGAGAAGAAUAGAGAUCUCCUGCCUUCAGAUUCCAUCCAAUUCUUUUCAUCAUGUACUUCCAAGCUACUGAAAAUAUUUGCCUCCAAAAUGGUUAACCAUUCCUACAAACCAGCAGGUUCGAUAAGCUCUACAAAGGGCGUAGAAUCCCCUGAGCCAGGUGUUGGUACCAAGUACAAGGCUCUACUAUUUGAGCUAUUUCAUAAAUUGGAGUGCACGAGCCAUCACUUCAUUUGUUGCAUGAGACCGAACCGAAGUCAAGUUUGUGGCUUAUUUGAGGAGGACCUUGUCCUACAACAACUUAGGUACUGUGGCAUUUUGGAGGUUAUUAGGAUUUCAAGGUCUGGAUAUCCUAUCAGGAUAACGCAUAAAGAAUUUGCUGGAAGGUAUGAAUUCUUCCUUGAAGAAGCGGGUGUAGCUCGAGAUCCGUUGAGUAUAUCAAUUGCUGUUCUGCAGCAUUUUGAUGUCCACCCCGAGAUGUACCAUGUUGGUUAUACGAAACUAUUAUUCCGAACUGGGCAGAUUCGGGCCGCCUUGGAGGAAAGGAGGACGCAAGCUAUGCAAAGCAUCCUUGGGGUUCAAAAACACUUCCGUGGUAGCCAUUCUCGUGGCCACUUCCAUGAACUUAAGCAUGCCGCCACGAUCUUACAAUCAUUUAUUCGCGGCGAAAGUUCUAGAAGGAGAAGUACUGGUAAGGUGAAGAGGUUCUCAUUCACUGUGUGCGCUUUCAAUGUUCCUUCAAAGGUGUAUGAACAGCAGGCAAUCAUACGAUUACAAUCCGUAAUACGUGGUUCGUUGGUUCGAAAUCAUUUUAUGGGCAAGAGUGAUUCGAAUAGGUUUGAAAACCGACCGAACAGGGGCAGGAGACUUUCAGAGGAUCACGCGUUGCCUGCAACACUGACCGACCUUCAAAAGAGGGUCGUUGAAGCGGAAGCAACCAUAGGGAAAAAGGAAGAGGAAAAUGUUGCAUUGCGGGACCAAGUAAAGCAAUUUGAGGCUAGGCGGUUAGAAUAUGAAGCCAAGAUGAAGUCCAUGGAGGAUAUGUGGCAAAAGCAGAUGGCAUCUUUGCAAACGAGUCUUGCUGCUGCUAAAAAGAGUCUUGCUACUGAAAAUAUGGCCGGAAAGGUUGGUGCAGGUACCUCACCACCUCACUAUUACGAUUCUGAAGAUACGACGUCCAUGGAAUCUCGAACUCCCCGUGAAGCUGGAGCAGGCCGAGAAAUGAAUGGUACAUCAUUUUCUGUGAACAAUCUCGUAAAGGAGUUCGAACAGCAAAAGAAUGCAUUCGAUGAUGAUGCCAAAGGUUUGGCCGAAACAAAAUCAGGUCAGGGACAGCCAGGAGGGGCUAACACGAAUCCGGACGAAGAAUACCGUAAAAUUAAAGUCCGGUUCGAAGCAUGGAAAAAGGAGUACAAGGCAAAACUACGUGAAAAUAAACCUAAGGUUCAUAAACAUGGUCCUUUCGAGGCUGAUAUAAUUCGUCGAAAAUGGUGGGGGAAGUUGCGGUUAAGAUCGUCAUAGAUGGAUUAUUGAGUUGUAUAUGAAGGGACUGGAGAGGUCUUGAAAGGGUGGGAGAGAACGUUGAUCGGACAACGACCCGAUAAAUGGAGAAACGUUUAACGUGUUGGGAGGACGGAGGGGGAGGGGGAGUGUUCAGAAGAUUGUGUAUAAGAGUCAUUUGGUGAUGCAUGGUCUCCGGUGCAUGGUAGUUUAGUUUGGUGUAUAGUUUGUACUGUCAUUUAUAUUUAGUUUGAUGGUAUAGAUGUUGUUCAUAGUUUAUAUUAAAGGAAUGGAAGAAAGCGUUUGUACCUCUGAAUACACCGAAUCAGCUCUCUAUUAUUUAAUGUCAUAUCUUCUGUUCACAUGGCCAGUUCAAA